UGUUGCCCGCGCCAUUUUCCCACCGGAGGAACCGCACUCAGCACAUCGUCAGGCUUCGCCCCGUUUGUUUCGCCAGAAUGGCCGUGUGAAGUGCGCCGCCACUCAGCUGCAGCCGACCGACCAGUGCAUCCCGCCAGUGCACUGAAUUACUUUGAAUUCAGCAACAUGUCGUCCUUCGUGGAAACCCUCAGCGCUGCUGCUUCCGACAGCAAACCAGAGUUUGACGCUCCCCUGUCAUCGCCACACGCCCCGUUGGUGACCAACAACAGCCACUAUGACCAUGAUGAUGACCAGCUCACAGUUUGGCCUGGAAGACAUGGAGGACCUUCUCUUGGGGCCUUCCUCUCCCAUGGCUGACCCCCUGGGCUCCCUCCUGUUUCACCCUGACCUGGAAGAACACCACAAGAGCGGAGGAGGUUCCACCUCCAUGGAGGGGCUCACGUCCCCCUUGUCGCCCCUCACCGCCUCCUCUCCCUCUUCCUCCCCCUCCCCUCCCUUCUACUCCCCCCCUCAGUCGCCCUCCACUGCCCUCCAUGGGGGCAAGGCCCACGUCGGUGCGCUCUCCGUCCCCUGGUCGGAACAUCCUGGACAGGCGUCAUCAGGUGUCGCAGCAGGUGAUGCCUACGGCGACCUGGACUGGAUGACGGAGAAGAUGGAUCUGAGUGAGUUCGACCUGGACUCGCUGAUCGGCUGUGGUCCGGACCAGGCCGCCGGCUCGCACGACGACCUCUUGGCCUCUCUCGAUUGCCCCAUGGAGUUCGACGCCCUGCCGCUCCCGGCCGACCCUGAGGCGACAGCGCCGUGCUCGGGCUCUCCUGCCCCGCCCGAGGAGCUGCGCCCACCCUCACCGGAGGAGAAGUUGGAGAUCAAAUCUGAGCCCGCCUCCUCCUCCUCCAGCCCUGCCCCCUCCCCAGCCGACACCCUGGAGCUUGGCAGUGAAGUGGAUGUGGCGGACAGCGAGGUGAAGCCGCUGCUGGCCACCGUGGCUCCCGAGCCGCACAGAUUCGUGCUCUCCCUCUCUCCCACCCGCAUCCUGCUGGUGCUUACUCCCAAAAGUCACCUGAGCAUCCCCACAGAGAUGGUCCAUCGGCCCGGCCCAACCUCCCCUCCACCCAGGUCCUCCAGAAGCAGACCGUACCCUGAGCCCCGGGGUAACAUCAGUCCAUCGUCAUCUACUGUCACCAGUGUUAAUGAUUUGAGCUCCGACGACGAGGAGACCACGCCGCUGAAGACGCCCAGAAACAAGAAGCUCAAGAAGAUGGAACAGAACAAGACCGCCGCCACGCGCUACAGGCAGAAGAAGAGGGCGGAGCAAGAGGCACUGACUACAGAGUUCGCCUUGCUGCAGAAGAAGAACGUGGAGCUGACGGAGCGGGCCGAGUCCAUGGCCCGGGAGAUCGAGUACCUGAAGGAGCUGAUGGAUGAGGUCCGGAUGGCCAGGAUGAAGAGGGGCCUCAGUGCUGACCUCUAGUGUCCAAGUGGUGUGAGGAGCCUCUCUGUAGAUGUAAAUAAAGCAGUAUCUUGAAGCAAAGUAUUUUAUAAGUGUUAUAUUAGUAGUGACCGUAGCCAGGGUAUGUAGAGUGAGGCGGGGUGGGGGUCUGUGGAAGCUCAUGCCAUGUGUUUUGGUACUGUGUUGUGGUGACAUGACUAGGACCUGUUUAAACGUUUUGUAACUCCAAUAAAGACACUCGGAACCAAA